AUGGUGUUGGGUUUGCUUCAAAAUAAUAAUGUAAGUUUGUUAUAAUGGAGCUGACAGAUACAUUUUACAAUAAAGCGGAAUACAUAGAAACGGCAUCUGGCAAUAAGGUGAGCAGACAGUCUGUUCUUUGUGGAAGUCAGAAUAUUGUACUCAAUGGAAAGACAAUUAUUCAAUCAGACUGCAUAAUCCGAGGUGAUCUCGCAAAUGUGCGUGUUGGUAGACACUGCGUCAUUGGUAAAAAAACAGUUGUCAGACCACCAUUCAAAAAAUUUAGUAAAGGAGUUGCAUUUUUCCCACUUCAUAUUGGAGACCAUGUUUUUAUCGAAGAAGAGUGUGUAUAAAAUAAUAUAAGGGGGAUUAUUUCACUCACUUUUCCUAUUUAUUUAUUACAGGGGCGUAGGUGUGUCUUGAAGGACUGUUGUGCUAUUGCUGAUAAUACCGUACUUCCACCAGAGACAGUAGUGCCUCCAUUCACUGUAUUUUCAGGAUCACCAGGUGUGUUUACAGGUGAGCUCCCCGAGUGUACACAAGAUCUGAUGGUUGAUGUCACUAAAGGAUACUAUCAACAUUUUCUUCCACUGCAAGAAGUCAGAUGAAGCCAAUAUAAUGCAUCUUUGUAAAUAUCAGCUUAGUACAUCAAAAACAUUCAAAUUCGAUUUAAAAAAAAAUGUAUUAAUUUAUGCAACUUUUACAAUUAUACUUUAAUGAGUACAAGUAUAUAUUGUUGUUUUUACCUCCUUGAUACAUUGCAGUAAUGUAGUGACAAGUUCUUUUCUUAUACAUGGGUGACGAAUAUACAAAUUUAUUCAUUGAUAUUUUGGCAUGUACUUUGGCAGAGUUAUUCAUUUUCAUGGGCAUUACAAUCUGUCAAUACAUUGAUAAUAGCCGUGUAUACUGCUCAUAACUUAUUGCGUCCAAUAGACCUUAAUUGAAAAUAGCUGCCGAGAUCUUGUUUUGGCCCCCAAUAAUGGUCCAUUAGCUAUGGCAUCCACUAUUCCUAAUAAACCAGCCUCAAUGAGAUGUUGAUGGCCACUUGCAAACAAAGUUUAUUUGUGUGUUCAUGGUAAAGACUGUGGGCUGUUUCACAGGGUUUUGACUGAGGAAAAAUUGUAGUUGCUUUUUAUUUGGCAGAACAAUCACAUGGCAAUCUAUUGUUGUCUGUAUUUUCUGUACACAGAUUUAAAUAUUUAAGCAUUGUGUAUUACUGCCAUUGUUUUAUUGGCAUGCUUCGACUGUGGAUUUCAUUCUGUUUAUCAGUGUUCUACUGUCUAUUAAAAAUGUGCAAACGAAUUUA